UUUUCACCUAAAGUUUAAGUCCGGAAGUUGAAUUCUGCAUGUUGUACCACGUGUCGUGUGUUGUGGUUGUGAAUGUUUUUAGCUGUCAUGGGGAAACGAAGGAAGAAUAAAAUUGACAAGGCAGAUAACCAAAAGGAAAAGGCCGGACAGAAUUUGAGUAAAAAGACGCGGAAAAGAGAUGGGAAACCCAAGAACGAGAAGGACCAUCUCGAACACAUCCCUUUCAGACUUCGAGAGAUAAUGAAGAGCAAAGACAAAAUGAAAGCUGGAUCUUUGGGAUCCAAAAAGCUUAGAAAGGCCUCCYCCUCUCACUUAAAGCUAUAUGAUGCUUCAGAUGCAGACCUACCUGCCCUGCAGUUCAGUAGGAAAUCACAUGAGAGUGAAGGUGCUUAUGUGAGACGCAUGGAGGACGAGACGAACUAUGUCCUCUUCCUCUCAAAGAACCAAGUGGACAGAAAGCCCGAGCUUGACGCUGACAACCAGGAAAAGCCUGCAGGCAAGGAGAAGUCUGAGAAAAAGAAGGAGUACGCUAAAACAAGACAGAACAAGCUGCAACAGAAGAAGCURGACAGAAAAGAGGACAAAACAGAGAGAGACAUGUUUGUAGAUAAUGUUCCUUUCGGUGAAGUUGUCAUGGCCCCACCAUCACUAAGUGCCAAACCCAAAAAAGCUCCAGUCAAAAAUAAGAGAGCAUCAAAGGAGCUGCUUCUCACCUCUCUGCUGGGCCACACCACAGCCUCUGCAGCUAAACCUUCCAUGGCCAGACAGCGACUGGUGGAGGAGGAGAGACGGCGAGUCGUCGAGGCGUACCGUCUGCUGAAGAAACGGAAGCAGCAGCAAACCAAGACUGCAAGUUUCAAACCUUGAGCGGGUUAUAACUUAACAUUAAAAAAAACCUCUUAAAUCAGGCACUGCAGAAGAAAUGAUCCCCACAGACGGUAACAUUAUGACCCUGAAGUGGGAUUCUUAUCACAAUACAGACAUUUUUCAGAGAACUAAAGUUGUAUUUGCAUCCACAGGCUGUUAAUAUGCGAUAAAUAAUAAACAUUGUUUAUGUGACACUUUGAUAAUCACAUUUGUUUUAAACAAGGUUGCAAAAGUGUGGACAUGAACUUGCAAAAAGCACACAGCUUCAGUCAGUGCCGUACUGUUCUAAGUGUGUGCUUAUUUGCAUUUACAAUCCACCUGUGUGUGUUUAUACUUGUUAAUUUGAACCUGGCUAUGUUCCUGGACAUUUUAGUGUCAUGAGUAAACGUAGAAAGAAGCCCCUGGUUGCUGCUAUUAAAGAUUUAAUCGUAUUGUUGGUUUAAAUACAAAAAAAAAAAAGAAAGUAUUCAGUCAGAUGACACGGAACACGUUUUACAGUAAAUCACGUUAGGCUUUUUAAUUGUGAGGUCCUUAUGACAGCUUUGUGCAGAUUUUUAUGUUUGUAAUCUUUCAAAGAUUUGCUGUUAUAAAUAAGACUUGUUUAAAUCUUAAUCUCAGAACAAAUACAAAUGCAUUGUUUGGAAAAACAAACAUUUCAUUCGUGCUACUUUUCAGUAGCGAUCAGCCGAUUAAGUGUGUUUCUAGGUUACGUUGUUUUCUCUGGUUUGUGAGUCAAAUUAAACAGUUUGGACAUUU